UUCAACUUCGACAACUCAAUCACACACGAACACCGUCCGAUUGUAACCGUCUCCCAUAAUUAUCCAAAUUUCCUCUCUGUUAUAACCCAAAAAACCCCGAAAAUUUUGAUCCGCAGAAAUUUUGGAGCUCUAUUGACGGUUCACAUGGCGCCUUUCAGGUUCUGAUUGUUUCUCCAAGAGUUGGGAAAAGUGUUCUGGUCGUCCCCAGGUUCUGCUCAUUCCUUUUCUCAAUCCCUCUUGUUUUCUUUUCAAUUGUCCUAUCGUUUUCGUUUCCGCCAUUGCUGGAAUCUCGAAACAACCUUCUUGUUUUCUUCAUCCAACCAAGAGAUGCCGAGAACAGAAGAGCGGUUUAUAGGAAACGAGAUAGGGGAAAGAGUUCCAGCGGGAUGAAGAAUCUGGCCGACUGGUUUUGAAAUUUCAAUUUGAAUUUCAAUUUCAAUUUGAAACUCGUAUAAUAGAACCCUAGAAAAUAGCAGAGCAUUGCAGGAGGAGGAGGAAGAGGAAGAGGAAGAGGAAGAGGAAGACGAGGAGGAUUGCGACGGAAGAUAAAUAAUGCCGCCUUCUUCAAACGAUACUUCAAACGAUACUUCAAGCGAUACUUCAAACGAUACUUCAAUCGAUACUUCGAAGGAUACUUCAAAGGAUACUUCAAACGAAACUUCAAACGAUACUUCAAAGGAUACUUCAAACGAUACUUCAAACGAUACUUCAAACGAUACUUCAAAGGAUACUUCAAAGGAUACUUCAAAGGAUACUUCAAACGAUACUUCAAACGAUACUUCAAACGAUACUUCAAACGAUACUUCAUCUCCUACAUCGGAUUUUGUUUCAAAUUCAAGUUUGCCGGCUGAAGCUCCGGAUUCUUCUUCUUAUUCUCCGCCGCCGCAAUCAAAUGACUUUACAACGUUCCCACUCAAUGAAGCCGAUGCUCCUGACCCGUCGUUUGUGUCAUCGUCAAUUGAAGCUCCACCUGCCGACCACGAAGGUUCACCAUCUUCCUCACCGUCAGCUUCUCCGGAACCUGAAAGGACAUCGCUGGCCCCUACUAUCGCUUCCAAUUUAAUUGCAUUCGACGAGAGUCCGCCACCGCCUAAAGUUUCUGCUUCACCACCGCCGUCUCCCCAGCCUCCUCCACCGCCGCCUCAUCCACCACCACCACCUUCACCAUUGCCUUCACCACCGCCUCCACAACUGCCUCCAGAACAGUCGGAUGACGUUAUCGUCGUCGAUCCUCCACCUGCCCCUGUUCCGACCAAGAAAAAAUCUUCGGAACAUCGAGGAAGUCCACCUUCUCCAAUAUCUGAGAAUGAUUCCCCUGAUGUGGCGAAUGAAAGCACCGAUCGGGGUUCUAAAAAAGCCAAGGAGCCUCCGCCAUCUGAAUCGACGGAUCCUCUUCCUUCACCAGAAAGUCCGGACGUGAUUCCUUCACCAGGUGCAAACUCGGCGAAGGGGGAACGAACUCGGAGUCGACCUCCAGAAACAAUUUCUCCCGCACCAGAGGAUAACAUUCCUUCACCUCCCAUAGUCACAUCCGCUCGGGCUCCAAACAACUCACCUCCUUCUAUCGACUCAACGCCCGUGAAAUCAACAUUGGGGCAGUCCAAUGCACCAUCGUCUGUUUCAAGUAGUCACACUGAUAUUGCAGUAGGCGCUGCAGUCAUUGGAGUUUUCGUAAUCGCUUUGGUUGCUGUGAUUUUUGUGUUACUAAGGAAGAAGAAAAGACAGGGAAACAUGUAUGGGGGCCCCUACACGCCUCCUAAUAACUACGGUGCUAAAUCGGAUGGAAAUUACUAUCCACAUCAACAUAUGGGCAACUCUGGCUCUGCUGAAGGCUUCUACACUCAGGUCCCACAUACUCCGGUUGGAAAUAGCUUUGGGAGUCAAAAAGGAACAGGAUCCAGUGGCAGUGGAGCAGACUCAGGUGUGAUAAACAGUGCUAAGUUCGUCUUUAGCUAUGAGGAAUUGAUGGAGAUUACGUCUGGAUUUUCGCGUCAAAACAUUCUUGGAGAAGGUGGGUUUGGAUGUGUUUACCAGGGAUGGCUUCCGGCAGGGAGGUCAGUGGCUGUGAAGCAACUCAAGGCAGGAAGUGGACAGGGGGAGAGGGAAUUCAAGGCGGAAGUUGAGAUUAUCAGUCGUGUUCAUCAUCGGCAUUUGGUGUCUUUAGUGGGCUACUGCGUCUCUGAGAAUCAUAGAUUGCUCAUCUAUGAUUUUGUUCCCAAUAAGACUCUUGAGCAUCAUCUCCAUGGCGGUAAUGGAGUACCCGUGUUGGAUUGGUCCAAAAGACUCAAAAUCGCUUUAGGAGCUGCAAAGGGUUUGGCAUAUCUUCAUGAAGAUUGCCAUCCCAGAAUUAUUCACAGAGACAUCAAGUCAGCCAACAUUUUGCUGGAUGAUGCUUUUGACGCACAGGUUGCAGACUUUGGACUUGCAAAACUGACAAACGAUACAAACACCCACGUUUCGACUCGUGUCAUGGGGACAUUUGGAUACAUGGCGCCUGAGUACGCAUCAAGUGGGAAAUUGACAGACAGAUCAGAUGUGUUCUCGUUUGGGGUUGUGCUUCUUGAGCUUAUUACUGGUCGUAAGCCUGUUGAUCCCACUCAGCCUUUGGGGGAUGAGAGUUUGGUUGAAUGGGCUCGUCCACACCUCCUUCACACCCUUGAAACUGGGGUUUUUGACGGAUUGAUAGAUCCACGCCUUGGAAAACAGUAUGUGGAAAGUGAAAUGUUCAGAAUGAUCGAAGCAGCAGCUGCCUGCGUUCGUCAUUCGGCUCCCAAAAGGCCUCGCAUGGUUCAGGUGGUGAGAUCACUAGAUAUUGAAACAGACAUGUCUGACCUCUCCAAUGGUGUCAAAUAUGGCCAGAGCACCAUCUAUGAUUCUGGACAAUACAGUCAAGACAUCUCUAAAUUCAGGAGAAUGGCGCUUGGUGGAGACAGCUCCGACUUCGACAUUUACAGUAGCGAAUACAGUUCCAGAGAAAUGAAUGCAAGUGGGGAAUCAUGGAGAUUCGAAAACAACUCAAGCGGUGAAUCAGAAACUCGAGCUUUUCACGGACGAACUGGCGCACCACAAAGUCACCCUAGCGGUCGACAAUUCUAAUAUGAUGCUGAAACAAGACGUAAAUAACGUGCAAAGCUUCUUUCUUCUUUCUUUUCCCCACCAUUUUGACUUAGUUUUCUCUUUUUUCAUCAUAAACUUAUACAUCCUUCUAGACUAACGAGGUGUGGAAUAGUGAUUUGGAAUUUUACAAUUGAGCCCCAACUAGUAAACACCAUAUAAUAUAAUUGGUUGACCAGUGAUAUUCUACUUC